UCUCUCCUUGGUUCUUCAGAUCGUCUUUCAGAAGAAAGGAAAGGAAAAAAGAAAAAGGAGAGGAGGGGGGAGAGAAGAGAUGAAGGAGGCGACGGCGUCGGGGGGCGGCGCGGCCGCGGGGGCGAACGACCCGAGGCAGCCGACGACGGCGAGGCCCUACGCGCCGCCCAAGCUGUCGUCGCAGGACCUGCCCGUCGACUACGCGGGCUUCCUCGCCGUCGUCUUCGGCGUCGUCGGCGUCAUGCUCCACUACAAGGCGUGCUCGUGGAUCGCCAUCAUCUUCUGCGCGCAGUCGCUGGCGAACAUGAAGAACUUCGAGAAUGAUCUCAAGCAGCUCUCCAUGGCUUUCAUGUUUGCUGUCAUGGGUUUGGUGACAAACUAUUUUGGGCCUCGUCCAGGUGGUACAAAGCGCUAAUCUGCAGACCAUGCGCCGUAUGAAGUUUCCUGUUAAAAUUUCGGUGCCUCGGAAGCUAUUGCCAUGGUGGUGCUCGCAUUUCUGAAUCCUUGAGUCGUAAGCGUCAAAUGUACCGCCUCAUCAGUUAGGGACCAAGACAUGUAUCAUGAUGCUCAGUAAUUUAUUUGCACGGUACUUGUUCUUCCAGUUAUGUUAUAAAGAUAGUCGAAGGGCCUUUUCCUACCUCAGCACAUUGAUCAAUUACCUGCGAGCUUUUGGUUU